CCCAGGUGAACGAUCUGCACACCGAUACGCACAGACCACCUAAGUGUUGGAUGUUCGCGCUCGAAUUUUGAAGCUUCAAGCUGGCGCCCAGAUCCAGUUCACACCCUUGCCAGCAAACCGUCUUGUCCAGCCUUGCCGUUUCCUUCCAAACAUCAACCAAUUCCCGCUGUCUUGCGUCAACCGUCCCGAAAUCGUCCAACAGCACAACAGCACAACAGCACAACAGCACACAAUGGUACAAAUCAGCGAAGUGCGCGGCAACACGCGCGACCACCGCACGGCGGCCCACACACACAUCAAGGGUCUCGGUCUCAACUCGAGUGGCAUCGCCGAGAAGCAAGCCGCUGGCUUCGUCGGCCAGGCUGCCGCCCGGGAGGCCUGCGGAGUAGUUGUCGACCUCAUCAAGGCACACAAGAUGGCCGGCCGUGGAGUGCUGCUGGCGGGCGGGCCUGGCACGGGCAAGACGGCGCUGGCCCUCGCCAUCAGCCAGGAACUCGGCACCAAGAUACCCUUCUGCCCCAUCACCGGCAGCGAAAUUUACUCGACCGAAGUUAAGAAGACCGAAGUGCUCAUGGAGAACUUCCGCCGCGCAAUCGGGCUCAAGGUCCGCGAGACCAAGGACGUCUACGAGGGCGAGGUCACGGAGUUGACACCAGAGGAGGCCGAGAACCCGCUUGGCGGCUACGGCAAGACCAUCAGCACCUUGCUUAUCGGCCUCAAGAGUGCCCGCGGCCAAAAGAAGUUGCGGCUCGAUCCCAGCAUAUACGAAGCCAUCCAGAAGGAGCGGGUCCAGGUGGGCGACGUCAUCUACAUCGAGACCAACACGGGCGCCUGCAAGCGCGUGGGCCGGUCGGAUGCCUACGCGACCGAGUUCGACCUCGAAGCCGAGGAGUACGUACCGAUCCCCAAGGGCGAGGUGCACAAGAAGAAGGAGAUUGUCCAGGAUGUGUCGCUGCACGACCUCGACGUGGCCAACGCCCGGCCUCAGGGCGGCCAAGACAUCAUGUCCAUGAUGGGCCAACUGAUGAAGCCCAAGAUGACCGAGAUCACCGACAAGCUGCGUGGCGAGAUUAACAAGGUCGUCAGCAAGUACAUCAACCAGGGCGUGGCUGAGCUGGUACCCGGCGUGCUCUUUAUUGACGAGGCACACAUGCUGGACGUCGAGUGCUUUACCUACUUGAACAAGGCGCUGGAGUCGCCCAUCUCGCCGAUUGUUGUGCUCGCCUCCAACCGAGGCAUGGCCACCAUUCGCGGAGCGGACGACCUCAAGGCCGCCCACGGCAUCCCUCCAGAUUUCUUGACCCGUCUUUUGAUUAUCCCAACCCACCCGUACGAGCCCGACGAGAUCAAGCGGAUCGUUCGCAUCCGGGCGUCCACCGAGGGUGUACAGGUGACGGACGCCGCCAUCGACAAGAUCGCCGACCACGGCGUGCGCAUAAGCCUCCGCUACUGCCUCCAGCUGCUGGCCCCUGCGAGCAUCCUUGCCCGGGUCAACGGCCGCAACCAGAUCGACGUCCAGGAUGUCGCAGAGUGCGAGGACUUGUUCCUGGACGCCCGGCGGAGCGCCGACGUCCUCGCUAGUGAAGCCGGCCAGGGCUUUCUUCCAUGAUUGCAUUAGCGCACGCGGCGUUUUUUUUUAGUAGUUGAUGGGCCAUGGGGGCUAGCAGGGGUUUGGGGCGCAACUCUGUCACAUUUCUAAUCUCUGCUUGUAUGAUAGAAUAUGGGAAUGGGCAGGACAGGUUGGGAAAACUGCGUUGAGGUCGGAGUUGGCGCGGGGAAUGCUCGUUUUCGAUUUAGUUUGGUUGUUGUCUGGCCCAUUUUGUGGCAUCUGGCUGGCGGUUGGUUGCGCGGGCUGUCGGUGUUCAAUGAACGUCAGAUACCUAUCCUUCCCCUAUGAGUAAUUACCACCAACACAGAAACACCCAACCGACUGUGCUUUCCUGCACAGUUGCCUCUUGGUCUGUUAGAGCACUUCAAAUGGCAAAUAG